ACAUUAAGGUUAUGUUAUGAGAGCUAACCACACUUUUUUAAUCCAAACAAACACAUUUUAUAAUUUUUUUUAUAAUACAAAACAAAAUAAACUCCCGUUGGAAAAUGAUUCUAAAUACAAUUCCCCGCUUCUCAUGUCGGCAGUGCAUUCGAAAACUCUCCAAACUGUCUGCUGCGAAGAAACCAUCGGUUGUACCUAAUGAAAACGUGAUGAAUGAUAUCUCCAAUGAAGUGUACAAGCCCAGAAAGCAUCCAGGAAGAAUGGAUAGUUCAGUAGUUACACUACCUAAUACUUUCGUUAAGGCCGUUCUUAACACUGUUGAAGAUUAUCCACUUAAACCUCUUAUCGAAGCAAGUAAUAAAAUGUUUUGGCAUUUGCGGGGAAAAUUAGCACCAAAGGAAAAGGAAGAAUUAAUAGAAACUAUUGAUAAAGUGCAAGAUAGAGUUCUGACCAAGUGUAAAUAUAAAGACCCAGAUUCGGCCGAAGCUGAGAGAAGGAUUCUACAAUCAGUGAAUAAUAAAAUUGGAAAAGGCUUAAGAGAAAAAAUAUAUAACUGGAAACCUAUAAAAUACGAUGAGUAUACUGCACUAGUCUAUCUAAUGGCACGCGCUCCUGCCGAAUAUGCAGUUUUAAUGAAAAUAUUUGGAGAAAUUGCUAAGAGAGAUCCAGAAUUUACCCCUAGAAGUUUAUUUGAUUUCGGCUCGGGCGUUGGUACUGUAACAUGGGCUGCAAACGCAUAUUGGAAGCAACACAUUUUCGAAUAUUUCAACGUCGACACAUCCGCAGACAUGAAUGAUCUUGCUGAAAUUUUAUUGAAAGGUGGAAAGGGAAAUGGCAAAACUUCAGUUAAAGGAACUUUUUACAGACAGUUUUUGCCAGCUUCACACGCAGAAUAUGACUUAGUUACCUCCGCGUAUUCGUUUAUGGAGCUGCCUUCAUUAGAGAAUAGACUAGAAGUUGCUUUAAAUUUAUGGAAUAAAACACAUAAAUAUUUAGUUAUUGUCGAACAGGGGACUUAUGCUGGAUUUAAGAUUGUAAAUGAAAUAAGAGACUUCAUACUACAGGCCGAUAAAGAAGCGAAAGGCCAUAUUUUCAGCCCUUGUCCGCAUGAUAAUAUAUGUCCUCGGUUUGCGAGUAAGGACGGAAAACCUUGCAAUUUUAAAGUACGUUAUAACUGCAUGCCAAUUGGAAAAAAAGUGGAGAUGAAACACGAGCUAUACUCUUAUGUUGUGUUGAAAAAAGGAGAUCAUUCAAAUGAUUUGAAUUGGCCUAGGGUGGUAAAACCCAUCUUAGUGCGAACGAAACACUCUGUAUGCCGUAUAUGUACAGCAAAUGGAAAACUGCGGGAAGUAAUAUUUACGGCAAAAAGGCAUGGCAAGUUGACCUACCAUUGCGCUAGAUCUUCAAAUUGGGGCGAUUUAUUACCAAUGUCAAUAGAAGAUGCUGAAACGCUCGAUUGUACCGCGGAAGUCAGUGAUAAUGAAGCUGACCAUGAUACCAGCGAGAAUAAAUAAGUUGGUACCGUU